AUUGGAUGGCGGGUGCAGCUGAGGCCUGAGGGGGAGGGUGUACCGCAUCGGUAACAAGAACAUUGACGGCGGACGACGCAGUGCGACGGUCGAGUAGUCCAUACCGCUGUGCUACUCCGCAUGAAGAAACAAGCCGCCCCGAGUAUGAUUACCACCAAAGAGGGUGUGCGGCCAAGGGGAAAUGGACGAUGGACGCCACCCAACGACACUAAUCCCAAUGGGCGAUUCCUUCAAAGGGUUCAAUUCAGGAUCAAGAGAGACAAUGGCGAAAUCCCCCGGGGCCGUGGACCAUGCAUGUCGUACAGUUGUACCGAGAACGAGAGAGCAAGCCAUCAAUUGCUGGAGGAUCCGAGAAAAUGACAUUGGCGGAAACGAAGGCGUCUCUCAUCUCCCGUUUUACCAUCCGGUCUUUUGGGUUGGGUUCACGCAGCACGCGGGCUUGGACCAGAGUUCAGCAGCAGGACGGCGGACAACGAACCAACGAACGACUGCUGUGCGUUCCUUAGAGAUGGCAGUAGCGAUCUCCGGGCCAUCCCAUCGUCAUCCCAAAGCUGCCCAUCCAAUUCCAUGCAGCCCAAAACCCUCAAUCCCAUUCCCCCCUUCUCGUCUUUUCUCCGCACACGCCCCCUUCCCCUGGAUCCCUGACCCUAAACCCCUGGGGCCAGAGAAUUCUAGCAGGGCGAACCAGGGAAAACCCGCAGAGCAAAGAGGCAAGGCAGCUGUGCAGGUAUGCUGGCAGCGGGCCGACCAGGCUGUGAAGUCACAAGUCAAAGGAACGGUGGUGGGCUGGCUCGACUUUUUGCGUCAAGCGCUGCGUCAAGCCCACUCUUCCCAGCAACUAUUGCUUGGUCUCUCCACUCUCCUAAUAAAAAUAGGCCCUGCGACUGGGUGUUGGAACCAGGGAAGUGCGUCGAUGCGAGAUAGAGAGAAAGCAGACCAGACUCCAGAGUCCCAGGCCAGACAGACCAUCAGCAGGAACAGGAAGACUGGCCCAACAAGGACGCGGGACGCGGGACACGGGAUGCAGAAGUGAGGAGAGAAGCAGAGGCAAAGCAGAGGGCAGAGGAGCAGAGGCCUUUCAUAUUUUCUCUCCUUGAACUCUGGAGACUGGAUACCUGCCUGGACUGGCCCUGCUCACGUUCUUUCUGAC